AGUUCUCUAUAGAAUGGUCUGCGCACAUAAAUUGUUUUAAUCAAAUAAGUUUGCUAACGUAAUUCUAUACUUUUGCUCACCGUGAACAGAUUCAAGAGUUGCGCGUGACAAAUCCUUCCGACAUCACUGAUGACAUAUAUGCACUAGCUUGUGGACCAGAUCCAUGGGUUUCUUCUUUUUCUGCCUGCAUCAGUAAUGGAACCAGAUUUGACACCGAGUCUCGUGGUAAACACCGCCGAACCCAAAAUAGUGGGGUGGUUGUUAAAGGAGAACACCAAUCAAAGGCUGUCGAUUUCUACGGAGUAUUGAUUGACAUUUUGCAAUUAAAAUACAUGGGUUGGCGUCAUCUAUUUUUGUUUAGAUGUGAGUGGUUUGAUGUCGGUGAUGCAAGGAGGGGUAUACAUGUUGGGGACCACAUAACCAGUGUCAACACUUCUAGAAAAUGGUAUAAGGAUGAGCCAUUCGUGCUUGCCUGUCAAGCAGCCCAAGUAUUUUAUCUGCAAGACAAUAGUAAACAUGGUAAUUGGUCCGUCGUGCAAAGGGUGACAAGUAGAAACACGUACGAUGUUCCAAUUAUACCAUCCGAACACGGUGAUGAGGAUGAUGAUCAGAAUCUGAACUACGCUGCUUUUCAAGAGAACGAACCAUCAUACGCAGUGUUAGAACCUGAAGAGGAUGAUAAUGGGAUUAGUUCUCCCUUGCAUAGGACUGAUGUAUCACCAAUCGAUGUUCCUGGUGAUACAGUUUUGGGGGACGCAAUACCCACUCCCGGUGAUGAUGACUUCAUUGAUGACGAGUUAGAUGAAAACGAUGAUUAUGAGAGUAGUAGUAGUGAAGAUCUUGUUACAGAUACUGGGACUUCGUCUGACGAUGGUGAAUGAGGCUACCAAGUGAUGUUCGGAUCCCUAGCGAUGCAAACUGGUCUUGAUCGUAGCAUAUAUAUGUACUUGCAACAGUUUUAGUCUAUACAUGAAGUGAAUUUUACGAUGUUUGCUUGCAUGGGUGUGGUAUGGUAGAAACUAAUAUCCCACACUAUGUUGUAUCAUAUUGCAGUCAUUUUGUUUCAAGUAACAUGGUUUUAACUGCCAGACAUUGUUUCAGUUUUCCAUAUUGCCAUUUUGGCCAAUAUAGAGUUGUUACAUGGAUGCCUGAAUUUAGGUCAUUAAUGGUAUUAGUGCUUCAUGUAAUUAUUUAAUGAAAUGGGGACUUCUUCAGUUUUUUUGGUGGGUUUGAUAAUAUACUCUGUUUUCAAUCAUCUUGGGUGAUGAUUGGAAGGCUGGAAAAAACGCAUCGUUGUUAUUAAUAAUUAUGUCCAGUAAAAACCGAUAUGCCAUUUCAAAUGUUAUUCUCUCACUGUGUCUGCUAUAAUUUCAGUUUGUUGGACGAUGGGAUAUUUCUUUCAGCUGAAUGUUUGUAGAUGAAUAAUAUAUCUUGACAGUAAGGUGGGUCUGGAAAUAGACUCUGCAGCUGUAGAUUCUUCCAUGCUGCAGUUAGGCAUCCCCAAUACAGUGACCCUGGAAACGGACAGAGUGCCUCAAUUGCCCCACUAUUAACUGCAAGAUACUGUCUAUAUCCCCCUCCGAAAUGGUGCAUUGCAGUGGCUUGAUUCAGAUGCUCCAGGUGUCGUGUGGCCAUCAUAGCUAUAACAGAAUCAUCUUGACAGUACAAUGGGGAGCAAACAAUUGAUACUCAAUUUUCCAUGCCAUUGUACAUUCAUUAAUGGCUAGCAGGUUAUAUAUAGCUAUGUAUGUAUUAAGUCCGAUCUGAAGUAACACUUGCUCAUCCGAUAUGUGGAUGUUUCCAAUAUAGCUAUUAAUAUUGGAAACAGCAGCAGGGAAAAAUUACCUACUGCUCAUGUAAAAGUAUUAUCUCACGAUUGAGUGGGAUGCCAA